CAGGGGUUAAACGUGCUCCGCUCGUAGGCAGUGGGAGGAUGGAGCUGAGGUCUGACAACCGCACAUUGUCUUCAUUGAGAGGACCUGAGUGAAGACAGCUCCUGCUCGGCUCCGAGAGGACGGAGAUCGCGCAGUACCGGUGUCUCAGGUGCUCAGUGAAGCCCGCUGUUCGGACUGCGAUACUGGGCGAAGAAGACACUGCGCUCGAGCCACACUGGCUACACAGACGCUGAAAAGAGGGGACGAGGCGCUCGCGGUGACAGGAAGAUGGGUUUCUGCUUUCUUCCUCGCGAAUAAUAAUCACCGCCAAACAAUAGCUAUUUAUUAGGGAUUGUCACUCCGGCUCGCGAGUUCCACGGUCCUCUACUGAAUGACUUGACACCAGCAUGAUCGCAUCCCGGUCUGUCGUCACGGAUAUGAUGUGACAUACCUGCUUUGAUCAUGCGCUGUUUUGACUCAUUCAUUUCAUAUGGAGUUUGAAUCAUCAGUGACAUUAGGAAUGUAAAUAAUCGACCUGUAAACUACGAGCUCCUGGAACUCUCGCGAGAUCCUGGACUUCACCUGCAAACCGCGGGAGCUACGUUACCUCCCAAAAGGUCGGAGACGAUGGAUGACAACGGGAUCAUCAGAAGAAGAAGGAUGCAGAAGGAUCUGCCUCUGCCCCGCAAAAGCAGCAGUUGCAGAACUAGUAACAGGAAAAGUCUCAUCCUGACCAGCACAUCACCGACGCUGCCACGACCCCACUCCCCACUGCCUGGACACAUAGGAAAUAGCCCAUUGGACAGUCCACGCAACUUCUCGCCGAGCGGCCCCGCCCACUUUUCCUUCGCCUCCUCAAGAAGACCUGAUGGCCGUAGAUGGUCCUUGGCCUCUUUGCCCUCCUCAGGAUAUGGCACCAAUACUCCAAGCUCUACGUCAUCCAGCUCAUCUCAGGAGCGCUUGCACCAGCUUCCCUUCCAGCCCACCAUGGAUGAGUUACACUUCUUGUCCAAACACUUUGGCAGCACAGAGAGCAUCACAGACGACGAUGGUGGGCGGCGCUCACCACAUGUUCGACCUCGCUCUCGUAGUCUCAGCCCGGGGCGCUCACCGUCCUGCUACGACAAUGAAAUAGUGAUGAUGAACCAUGUCUACAAGGAUCGCUUCCCCAAGGCUACUGCUCAGAUGGAGGAGAGACUGUCUGAGGUCAUUCAAAACUACUCUCCGGAGAAUGUUCUACCUCUUGCCGAUGGGGUCCUCAGCUUCAUCCAUCACCAAGUGGCAGAGAUGUCCAGAGACUGCCUGACCAAAUCACGCGAGGGUCUGAUCACCGGCGUGUACUUCUGUGAACUUCAGGAGAAUCUGGAGAGGCUGUUGAAUGAUGCCUAUGAGCGCUCUGAGAGUCCUGAGCUCACCUUCAUCACUGAGCUAGUCAAGAAACUCUUCAUUAUCAUCUCACGACCAGCCAGGCUGCUGGAAUGUCUGGAGUUCAACCCUGAAGAGUUCUACCAUCUGCUAGAAGCAGCGGAGGAUCACGCUAAAGAAGGACAACUGAUGAAGGCCGACAUCCCACGAUACAUCAUCAGCCAGCUGGGACUCACUAGGGAUCCUCUGGAGGAGAUCGUAAGCCUUGACAACUACGACAGCGAGGGUCCACAAACUCCAGAGACCGAUGACUCAGCAGAGGGGAAGGGAAGAGCCAUAAAGCCACCCACAGAGGAAGAUUUUCAAAGCAUCAAACUGAUCAGCAAUGGAGCUUAUGGCGCUGUCUACUUGGUGCGACACCGGGAGACACGUCAGCGUUUCGCCAUGAAAAAGAUCAACAAGCAGAAUCUGAUCCUGAGGAACCAGAUCCAGCAGGCCUUCGUGGAGAGAGACAUCCUCACCUUUGCUGAGAAUCCCUUUGUCGUCUCCAUGUUCUGCUCUUUUGAAACCCGAAGGCACUUGUGCAUGGUCAUGGAGUACGUGGAAGGUGGUGAUUGUGCCACUUUGUUGAAGAACAUCGGGGCUCUGCCUGUGGAGUUGGCAAGGAUGUACUUUGCCGAGACUGUUCUCGCUCUGGAGUACCUGCACAACUACGGCAUCGUGCACAGAGACCUCAAGCCUGACAAUCUGCUGAUCACUUCGAUGGGUCACAUCAAGUUGACUGACUUUGGCUUGUCCAAAAUGGGCCUGAUGAGCUUGACAACUAACCUCUAUGAGGGACACAUUGAGAAGGAUGCAAGGGAGUUCCUCGAUAAGCAGGUGUGUGGGACUCCAGAGUACAUUGCUCCUGAAGUGAUUCUUCGCCAGGGCUAUGGGAAGCCGGUAGAUUGGUGGGCGAUGGGCAUCAUCCUGUAUGAGUUCCUGGUGGGCUGCGUGCCCUUUUUUGGAGACACUCCUGAGGAGCUUUUUGGGCAGGUUAUCACUGAUGACAUUGUUUGGCCUGAUGGAGAUGAAAUGUUGCCACCUGACGCUCAGAGUCUUAUCUCUGCCCUGCUGCAGACCAAUCCUCUGGCCCGUUUGGGCACAGGGGGCGCGUUUGAGGUGAAGGAGCACUCCUUUUUCUCUGAACUCGACUGGAACAGCUUGCUGAGGCAGAAAGCCGAGUUCGUCCCUCACUUGGAGUCCGAGGAGGAUACCAGUUAUUUUGAUACACGCUCCGAUCGCUACCACCACAUCAAUACGUACGACGAGGAUGACACCAAUGAUGACGAGCCGGUGGAGAUCAGACAGUUCUCCUCCUGCUCCCCUCGAUUCAGCAAGGUUUACAGCAGCAUGGAACAUCUCUCUCAGCUGGAGCAGAAAGCCGCAGCUCCUGUGUCCCGUCGAGAGCACAAGAGCCCACGGGAGGACAGGGUGGCCAAAAGAGAGAGCCUUGGUAGCUUCAGCAUGAGGGAUAAAGGCUGGAGGACGGGAUCUCCAGAGAUGAAGCGCUUGUCCUGUUCCGAGUCCCUCUAUACAGAGGGGGACGCCAGCCCGCCCCUGGGAGCGCGCCGACGCUUCUCAGCCCUGAUGGACACACACCGUUUCGCCUCACACUUUGACGGAGAGACGGACAUCCUGUCCCGCCAGACGCCCAUCAAGGUUCGGGGAACUUCGCUGGAUGGUGGCAACGUUCCAUCACCAAGUCUUCUGGAACAGAGAAGCAGUCAUAAAGAGAUCAACGGAGCCGACAAGUCUCCAAAGCAUGGAGAAACACUGUCAACAACUAGCUCAACAUUGUCUUUGAGUCCAGCGGCUGUCGCCCGUGAUGUCAUGACGCCUUUAUAUGACCCGCUCGGACCUCGUGCCGCCAAUGACCUGGUGCUGCGCAGAGCAAGGCACCAGCAUUUAUCUGGUGACGCAGAUAAGCGCAACUCUAGACCCGGCAACAAGGUCAUCAAGUCUGCUUCUGCCACAGCUCUUUCUGUCAUCAUCCCAUCAGUGGAUCAACAUGGAGGCUUUUCUCCUCUGGCCAGUCCCAUGUCUCCCCACUCUUUCUCCUCCAACCCUUCUUCGCGUGACUCUUCACCCAGCCGAGAUUUCUUCCCGGCGGUCAGUGUACUUCGUUCCCCUAUUACCAUCCAUCGGUCUGGGAAGAAAUACGGCUUCACGCUCAGAGCCAUCCGCGUCUAUAUCGGGGACAGUGACAUCUACAGCGUGCAUCAUAUAGUUUGGCACGUCGAGGAAGGUGGCCCCGCCCAGGAAGCUGGGCUGUGCGCAGGUGACCUCAUUACUCAUGUCAAUGGCGAGCCUGUCCACGGUCUGGUGCACACUGAAGUGGUGGAGCUGAUUCUCAAGAGCGGCAACAAGGUAACCGUGACAACAACCCCUUUCGAAAACACCUCCAUCAAAGUGGGUCCGGCCCGUAAAGCGAGCUCCAAGUGUAAGAUGGCUCGACGGAACAGGAGAACCAUGGGCAAGGAGGGCCAGGACAGCAAGAAGCGGAACUCAUUGUUCCGCAAGAUCACCAAGCAGUCGAAUCUCCUUCACACCAGCCGCAGUCUGUCAUCACUCAAUCGCUCCCUGUCCUCCAGUGAGAGUCUUCCCGGCUCUCCGACUCACAGCCUGUCUGCCCGCUCGCCCACGCAGGGAUACCGCUCUACCCCGGAGACCUCCUAUCUCGCUUCAUCACAGAGCAGCUCUGCGGCCUCCAGCACCCCAAACUCCCCUGCUCCUUCCCAGCACAUGAGACCCAGCUCCCUUCAUGGACUCUCCCCCAAACUCCACCGGCAGUAUCGCUCAGCCCGCUGCAAGUCUGCUGGCAACAUUCCGCUCUCGCCGCUAGCCCACACACCUUCACCCACGCAGUCUUCACCGCCCCCUCUACCGGGCCACACCAUAGGCAGCUCCAACACCACCCAGUCCUUCCCUGUCAAGCUCCACUCCUCACCCCCAGUGGUGCGGCCCAGGCCCAAGAGCGCAGAGCCACCUCGCUCCCCUCUGCUAAAGAGAGUGCAGUCGGCUGAGAAGCUAGGCUCGCCGUUGACCCAGUCCAGCUCUGCAGGAGGUCUGGGUGGUCCGCUCAGGAAGCACAGUUUGGAGGUGCAGCACUCUGAGUUCCGGAAAGACGCCUUCCUGUGUGAGCUCGGCCUUCAGAGUUUGCUGGAGACUGAUGGAGAAACCCUUCCUCCCAACCCCCCUCCUCUGCCCUCCUCCUCGCCUGCCCCUGAAGCUCGGAUACUGAAGCCGGUGAGACGACUGGGAAGACAGGAAUCGCCGCUGAGCCGGGAGACACUUCUCGCCGGGAGGGAGAGGGAAGAAAGGGAACGAGGGAGGGAGAGAGAGAAAAGAAGGGUGGAGGACACUGAGACAAUCCAGGAGAGACUGAGCAGAGUUGAAGCUUCAGCUGCCCAGCCAACCAGAAAACCUCACACAGGUCAACUGACCUUUAACCAACAGGGCGGUCCCAACCCAAGGAUGGGUCCUGAAUUCUCUCUGGCAAACAGCCCCACCAAAACAUCUGAUGGUCUGGAGGGCCGUCGUGAUUUAAAUUCCAAACAUCUGGACCCCAAAAGUUUGUUUUCUAAUAGUAAAAGCCUUCAGGAGGAACUAUCUGAUGCAAAGCAGGAAGAAGACAGCAGGACUGUUCCAGCCAGGCCUGGUUUGCCCACCAACGGGUCUGGGAGUCCGUUAAGUAAGACUUUCAAAUCAGGUGACAGAAAACUAGAAGCGGAGAGUGACAUACGAACAGAUGUCGGCUCAAAGAGUCCCAAACUUCCAGCACGGGUGUUGGCGCCCGUCGUCCCUCCUCAUGGCCAGCCGCUUCUUCUGGGAAAAGUCAGACAAGGGCUUGGACCUGUCAACUGCUACCGUGGCACUCUGGACUGGGAGGACAAAUGUCGCCUGGAGGUGGUUGAAGAACAUUCACCAUCCCCUUCCCCCUCCCCGACAGGUGUCACCCCGUCCCUCUGCGGGCCCUCUCUUUGUAAAUCUCGCCCAAUGUCGCCUGGUGACAAGACUAGCUUCGUCAGUCAGCUGACAACUGUGGCCAAGAAUGUCCUCGGACCCAUGAAGCUUGGCUCGCAGGACAGCGGGUCCAAAAGCAGAGAGCAGCAGAGUAGAGCGCCAGAGGAGAAGCAUCUGCCUCCUCCACUGAAGGAAAGUGUCAUAAGUCGUGCUGUUCUCCCUGGUGCUGCUGUGACCCCACGUCCUGCCGGCUCGCCGCUGGAGAAGCCUGCAGCCGGUAGCAGCCCCCCAAGAGUCUGAGGACCUCUCACCCUGUGUAUCAGUCGCUCAUUCUGGCUUCAUUGAGCAUUACUAUUGAAAAGAUCACUUCAAAUUGUCCUUCAGUAAAAAUCUGCAGUUACUGAAUAGUCAACAACUUUUCCUCCUUUAGCACAUUGACACUCCAGAAUCUGUGAGCCUUCCAGGACUUGACAACAACCUUUCCUUUCAAGGACAAGUGCAUUCAUUUGACUAUUUAACCUCAAUUCCUGUAAAUACUUCUCAAAACACAACUUUCUUUCACAAAUGCUUAAAUGACUGUUGAGUGACUGAUACACAGAUUUGAUAUGCCUUUGUAUGAAGAAACAACAAAAGUCAAGCACUUAAGUGUACAUUCCAGAUUUAGAGAAUAGCAAGUGUUAUUUAUUCAAUUGAGAUCACUGACUUUUCCUCAACUGAAAAACACUAGAGUUUAUGAACACUUGUUUUUGUUUUGUUUUUUAAAUGUUUUGUUGUGUGUGGAGUCCUACACUUAUGGGUUUGAAUGUCCUGCAGGUGUGUGCUGACCAUGUAAAGCAGGUACACGAAAAGACCUUGAAAAGUGCUUGAGUGAAAACUGUGAAUAACCAAAUCUUGACUUUCUGCAUCGAUUUCUGCCGACGCUUUGUUUUGAAAGUGAAAUGAACCCGAGAUGUUUUGAAUCCGAGUGUUAAGGUGUGUCGGCGUCUUUGUGUCGAAGCGGCUUCUCUGUCAUCGCCGGUAGUAAAGUUCAACAAGGCAGCUGCACUUCCCAAAAGUGUAAUCCAGAAGGCUCACUCAGACGGUUAAGAACUUCCUGCUCACACAACACAAACUAGCCCUGCUUGUCAAUGAAUGUGGAUGUAACUACAUGUGGCCUACAUAAGUCCAAUCACAUCAAUCACAAGCACUCCAUAAUGACAGCCCCAUAUUGCAAUGAAACAGCUGAAUUCUCGUGGUUAAAAACUUAGUCGUAUUUCUGCGUCUGAAGCUCCUCACGACCAACUCUGAAAAGCUGGUCCCACAAAUUCCCUUAAAAUAUGUAUCAGUAUUAACAAGGAAGUCGGGGACGCACUUCUAAUGUUUGCUUCGCUGAUGUGAUUCUACAUCUUGAACUGCUCUAUAGUGAGGUGGCAAACGUCAAACACCUGUUUAUUUGACCGACAUUUUUGCUAGUACAAAUGGAAAAAUAAUUUAGGAAAUAUUGGGGUACCGUUCGAGAAGCUGCGCUGAAGUUUGUUUGAACUGGCACAGUCUUCAGUCCACAUUUUUCUUUCUGGCUCUGCUGCUUGUUCCGCACUGGGAAGUGAGGUUGAUGGAGCUCAGGGCUUAUCUCCUCGUCACAAGACGCCCUUUCUGUUUCUCUGUCUGGAGCACACUUACAUCAUCAUACUCAGACAUUCAUAUCCAAACUGCGAGUGUACUUGACAGCCUUUUUCAAAGUUUGGAUUCCAGCUGAAAAUCCAGUGUCACAGAUGUAGCGCACAGAAAUGUUUAAGGGCUCAAUUGUAAACAAUGCACAGGUCAAAGGGGUCAUGAUGUGUCACAAUGCACUUGUGAAACCAAGACUGUGCUUACUCACAGUGACUGUGUUGUCAAGUAUAUGUCCAAUAGUGAGAAUUAUAGUAUCUUGUAAUAUAUCAGUAUUAAAUCAAAAGAUUUACAGACAGCAGACACGCACUCUCUCUGCGCAGAGAUUGUUUUAUGCAAGCAGUAAUGGUGCAGUCUUUCAUUCCACUACAAAUGACACCGAAUUGUUUCAUGGCUGACUCCACAGCCAUACUACAUGUAUAAUGAUGUCUCAUUUGAAUUCGCUCUUGGUUUGGUGCUCGGCAAACUUUGGUUUUACGUUUAAAAAAGCCAGUUCAUCUUUUACAUUCUCGCUCUGGUUUGAACGUAGAGGCGGUGAAAAGUCAGUUCACUUCUGAGUUGGUUUGUAAUUGUUUUCAAUAAAUAGGUGGUAUCCUACUGCCACCUAGAGGUCACAGCUUGUUAUGCCUCAGAAUAUUAAAGACAUUAAAACUCCUACUAACAGUACUACGACCAUAAAUAAAUAAUAAAAACAAAAAUUAAUAAUAAUUAUAAAUAAUAAAAUAACGUUUCCCCAACAUCAAAGGAACAUCUGGUCAGACUAAUUUGCACAUGACAUGCGCAUUUAUUGCGUCAUGAAUUCUACAAUCACAAACUAUGCAUAGCUGUGAUCAGAUUCAGUCUUUAACAGAAUAGUCUGCUGAUGCAGCGCGGAGUGGUCCGUGUGUGGUAAAAGUUAAAACUAAAUUGGAACCUUGAGCAGAUUUUGCCUUCUCAUGACUGUUAUCCACAGGCGUGGCAUGAAUCUUCAGAUCAAUGGCUGAAGUAGUUCUGUGGUAUAAUGAUGCACUCAAGCCUUCAAAGUAGAUCUAAUCUCAUCUGAUUAACCUUCUCUAUUUGUAAUGUUUUCUCUGAUGCCAACGUUUGGGUGUUGAUAUUGAGCACAUUGUUUCUUGGUUUUUGUUUUUGUUUUGUUUUUCAAUUGCACUUUAUCCAAAUGAUGUAUAUGUUCCUUUUUUUAAAUUCCUGUUUUUGAAUCAUAACCAGUGUAUUUGAAAACAUUCCACUUUUUCUGGUCACUUCAAAUGUAUUUAUUUGUACAAUAGACUCUUUGUUGUGAUUGAUGUAAUUCAAAUGCUGACUAUUGAAUUGCAGUAAAAACUGAAUAAAGUUAUA